UGGAGAAGGAGAAGGAAAACAGAAGUAGAGAGCUGAUCUGAUUAGGGGGAGAGGGGAGAGGUCUAAGUUCAGAUGAGUUGGUCUCACUCUGAGUUGGAUUCACUCUGAAGCCCAACCUCGAGGAUCAUGUCUCACUCUCAGAUCAUCCUCUGGCUCCUCUUUUGUCUCCCCUUGGCAGGGGGUCUGCGGUGCUACGCCUGCCUCUUCCCGGCCAUCUCGCCCAUGGACUGCCUCCAGUUCCCCCAGGAGUGUCCCGCGGGCCAGCGCUGCCUCUCCAGCACCGCCGAGAGCACCAGAGGUGGAAUCGGAAUCAAAAUCUACGAGAAGAGCUGCACCAUCCCGACCCAGUGCGGUCAGAGCGGCCAGAAACACACCGCUGGAUACAACUUCAACUACAGCAACGUGUGCUGCGACACCGACCUAUGCAACAGCGCCCCGCUCGUUGCUGCCCCCGCAUGGCGAACGGCGGUACUGUGUCUGCUGCCGCUCCUCUAUCACCUGCUGGUUUGACUCAGAGGAUUGAGGAUGUAAUGCUCCCUGUCAAUAAGACUGAGAGAAUAAUAUAAGUUGACCCCGCCUUCAUCUGCCCAUUCUUAUUGGGUAUUACUGUGUGGGUAGGCAAAAAAUAAUAUCAACAGAAAUUGAUGUUAGAGAGUAAAAGCUUUUGCAAUAUUUCAAGGCAGGAACAGCUUAUGAAGAGUAAGGAUAGGUCAUGCAUACACUUGAGAAAAAAAUUCUGCUCUUAUUUUACUAAAUUAACAUAAUUAUCUUAUAAAAAAGGUUUGAAUGGAUAAGAAUAAAUGGGCUAUUUUCUGAAUGAACAAGUUUAUUAUAUCAGAAUUCUGAGAGAAGUUCUCGCGGCAAAAUAGAUUCUGCGGUUUUGCUAAACUAACGAGAUACCUCAAAACCCCAAGAGAAGCUCGGAGUACUGCAGCAAAUCAUCCUGACCCCCAAAAGGUAUUUUAAUGGAGGGGGGUCUGCAUCCAAAUGGCUCAAACAUUAUCCGAAAUUAAACUGGAUUGAACUCUAAAGGUGGGACAUGUUUGGUUAUCUGACAUAGAGCUCCUAUGAAUGAGAGAUUCUCUUGGGAUUUGAGGUAUCUCCUUAAUUCAGAGAAACAGCAAGAUUUUUUUUGCCAUGGAAACUUCUCAGAAUUCUGAGAUGAUUACGUCGUUAGAUCAGAAAAAACUGAGCAGGGUUUGUUUUCCCAGGUGCGCUUCGGUAGAGAACACACAUGACUUCUGUAAUUUUAUAAAACAUGCAGCUAACCCGUUUACUGUGACCUUGUUAUCAAUUAUUCGGACAUAAGGCCUGAUUCCCAAGUUAGAAUUGAUUUACCUCGGGUGUACUGUGGAGUGGGUAAGACUGUUUUAUUAGCAGGCUAGUAUUGCCCGAGCGAACUCUGCAACUAGAAGGACUGAAUGAAAUGUGUUGAAAACUGUCUCCAAUGAUAAAGGACACCAAGGCUAACUUGGGAAUCAGGCCCUAUGUCCAAAAUUCCGAACUACCCCUUUAAUAUGUACCAGUUAUUUUUUUACAUGUGACUUAUUUUGUACCUUUUGACAGAGAAACUUUGUUAAUUCUGUAAACAUGGUAGCAUUUCGAUGCAGCCGCCCUUCUAGGUCUGGUGAAGCAUCAUGCUAUCCCGGGUAAUCCCCAGAAAUAUAUCUAAUGAAACUGUGAAAAAGUACAGAAACACACUGUUGCGUUUUUUUAAAUUUUUUAGCUUGACAUUUGAAUGUCAGUAACAACUGCAGCUGCAGGGCUAACCCCAACCCUAGCACUGACAACCAAUCCCUCAAACCCCACCAAUAGUAACCCCUAAACCCAACCCUAACUGAAAACGAAACCGUCAAACCCCACCAAUAGAAACUCCCCAUCCAUGCACACCUUCAAGUAUUUUCCGUUUCUUAGUUUUAGAGUUUCUAAUGUUUUUUACGAAUAAAGUGUCUCGGUGUCAUGGCUCAGGGAGGGUACCAAACACACAUAUCUGAAAGCAAUUUUUUGUUACGUACAGCUAAGGACAUCAAUGGCACCACUUUCAGUUUCCUAAAUGUUUCGGUUCUUGAUUUUAGAAAAAUAUUUCUUGCGUAAAAUAGCAUAAAUGUGUCAUUAACUCAGGACCCCAAAACAGACAUUGGAUUAACAAUGUUUAACUUAACUAAGGGUCUCAUCUAAGGAACAGCUUAAGGAUAGGAAAUGAGGAUUAAAACCAUGUAUAACUAUUUUAAAUAAAGCCUUUUCACUUUGCAAAAACAAA